CUCUUACGGAGCUUGCGGUAUUUAUUCCACCGUUAUUACCAAACAUUCAAGAACGUCUUUUAAACAUGCUAUCAACAAUGUUGAGUGGACAACCAUUCCGGCCUCCUGGAUCACCAGUACCGGAAGGAAAUGAUUUGAAACGGCAUCUCGGAAAUCAAAUGUCUGAAUUAAAAGAUGUAGAGACAAUAACGCUUGCUCUGAGAACACUUGGGAGUUUUAAUUUUGAAGGACAUAUAUUAAACGAGUUUGUCCGAGACUGUGUAGUUCGCUAUUUAGAACAGGACAAUCAUGAAGUUCGUGAGGCAGCUGCACUGACCUGUUGCCAACUAUUCACUCGAGAUCCAAUUUUGGAUCAAACAAGUAAUCACUCAAUUCAAGUUGUAAACGAGGUAUUAGAGAAGCUAUUGACUGUCGGAGUUGCUGAUCCUGGUAAGGACCUUACCGAAAUUUAUAAUUAUGCUUUUAAAUUUUUUGUUAAUUCGGUGUUUUAUCUUCGUUGGCUCUCAGAUCCAUUAAUUCGGGAGACAGUUCUUUCAAAUCUUACCGAAAGAUUUGACCGACACUUGGCUCAAGCGGAGAAUAUUCGUUCUCUGUUUAUCGCUCUCAAUGACGAGGUAUUUACUAUUCGUGAAAUUACAAUUACGAUUAUAGGACGACUAGCUUCCCAUAAUCCUGCAUAUGUGAUGCCAUCCUUACGGAAAACUUUGAUUCAACUUCUAACGGAGUUAGAAUAUUCUGGUGUUAGUCGUAACAAAGAAGAGAGCGCUAAGUUAUUGAGCUUAUUAGUAUCGGCUUCACAAAGAUUAAUUAAACCAUACGUCGAGUCAAUACUUAAAGCACUAUUACCUAAGUCUCGAGAUCCAAGUCCUGCAGUCGCAUCUAGUGUUUUGGCUGCACUUGGUGAAUUAGCACGCGUUGGAGGAGAAGAUCUAAUUCCCUACUUGGUCAGCUUAAUGCCAUUAAUAAUUGAUGCUUUACAAGAUCAAAGUUCUACAGUCAAACGAGACGCUGCUUUAAAAACAUUGGGCCAGCUUACAAGUAAUACAGGCUUCGUCAUUGAACCGUAUCAAAAAUAUCCUAAAUUGCUUACUAUUCUUAUCAACAUAUUGAAAACGGAGCAGUCUCCCUCAAUACGACGGGAAACAGUCAAGUUGGUUGGAAUUCUAGGUGCACUAGAUCCUUAUCGACACAAGAUAACAAUUGGGUCCUCGGAUGAUUCACUAACAGAUCCAAAAUCAUCAAAUACUGAUGUUUCUCUUUUGAUGACUGGAAUGGGUCCAUCAUCAGAAGAAUAUUAUCCUACAGUUGUAAUAAAUGCCCUUAUGAAAAUAUUAAGAGAUCCCUCAUUGAGUGCCCAUCAUACAGCUGUUAUUCAAGCCGUUAUGUACAUAUUUAAAACUUUAAGCUUAAAAUGCGUACCAUUCUUACCACAAAUAACACCAGCAUUCAUAGGAGUAAUGAAUACAUGUCCGUCUGGAAUGCUAGAAUUUUAUUUUCAGCAGCUUAGCAUACUAGUUUCUAUUGUCCAACAACAUGUCAGAAAUUACCUUUUAGACAUUUUUGGUCUAGUCGAAAAAUUCUGGAACCCGAGUUCUACUAUUCAAAUUACAAUGUCUUUUCAGCAAAUUCAAGACGGUCGCUCUUGCGACAUAGACGAGAGCGAUAAGCGACAACCCACCCAAAGAGUAUUACAUGCACUUGUAGUAUUCGGCACAAACAUUGAAGAAUAUAUGCACCUCGUUAUUCCUGUCAUUGUUAAACUCUUUGAGAGGAACGAUGUGCCACCUAUACUACGCAA